AUGCAGUGCGAUAUAUGUUUCCGUACAGGCGGGCAUAAACUCCCAUUUCUUUGUCCCACAGAUGCGCGCAACCAGCUAUACGAAUUUCGAGUCCAAACCGCUGGCGUUCUCCUAGAAAAGGAUGCCCUUGAUCGAGAAAUCAGCGGGCGCUUCCCGCCGCCGUCUUCAAAAGGAAUCAAAAAAGAAGAUGAACCACCUUUGGUUGUCACCCAGUCAAAUUACGAUGCAUUACUCGCCGAACGAGAGAAAAUCAUAGACCGCACGAACCAGAUUAUUGCUCAUGCUGAUGAGUUGAAGGCAAAGCUCGAGCGCGCGAAGGAGGAGCGCAGCAAGAAGAAGGCCGCAAAUGGUCAGAGAAGGGCAGACCUUGUUUUGGCUUCAAGCGGAAUCGAAGCUCGCCGGACAAAACAAAUUCAGGAUAUUGAGGGUUCUACUCGCAGAACGAAAUACAGAUGGAAUCAAGCAUAUAACCUUAUCGCCGGCUCCAGGGCUUAUCUUUGCUACGAAGCUGCCAAGUUAUAUGGACUUCAGAGAGUCAAAAGAAGUAAUGGUGAGGAAGAAUAUAAAAUAGGUGGCGUCGGCAUAGUAGACUUGAGGUUGAUGAACACGGCGAGCCCUGCCCAGAUCUCUACCUCCUUAUCCCACAUAACUCAUGUCCUUAUGCUAGCUACUCAUUAUCUCGCUAUCCGGUUACCUGCAGAAGUGACGCUUCCUCAUCGGGAUUAUCCUUUACCCACGAUCUUCUCUUUAGCUUCAUCAUAUCUGCAUACCAAUGUACCAUUUCCUGGGGGGACGUCUAGCUCAAGCAACAGUCCUUCCACUUCUCGCCAUGCCGAAAAUUCCAAUCAACCUAGGCCCAGACCUUUAUGGAUUAACAAGCCUCUUCCCAUAUUAGCAAACGAGGAUUCGGCAGUCCAUACUUAUUUUCUCGAGGGUGCAGUCCUUCUCGCCUAUAACGUAGCUUGGCUAUGUAAAAGUCAAGGGAUUUCUGUAGGAGAAAACGGCACCACAACUUUCGAAGACAUCUGCAACAUAGGGAAAAACCUAUGGAAACUUCUCAUAGGUGAUAAACCACAUCUACAACCCACACCACGCUCGGCAUCUCUCAACCCCUCUUCGCCAAAAAAUCUAGACUCUGAUGGCUACAUCGAAGGCGAAGACAAAAAGAAUCACAAAAUUGAACGUUCACUUUUGGGUUGGGCUAGUCAUGGUUCUGCAUAUUCAUUCCUCGGAAGUGCAGAAGGAGCAGAAUUCAUACGCGGUUUCAAACUUCCGCGUCCGAAUCAACUGGCUGACAAAUUGAAAAGUAAACUCAUGAGCGAAGUGGCCAAUGCAGAAUGGGAGGUUUUGAGCCAGGAUGCAUGGGCAAUUGAGGAUGAGAUGCGCAGUGAUGGGGUUGUGGUUGGGGCUAGGAAAGAGGGAUCCGAGGCAGGGACUCCUGAGGUGAAAACGGAGCGAGAUUACAUGGCUGGGAUGCAAAGUUUUAUGAGUAUGAGAACUGUGAUGGAUGCGGUUGAAAUGGUUGGUGAAGUGCCUGGUAUCAAUACGGGGAUCGCCGAGAGGCUUUCUUUCGGGAUAACACAUGGUGCUAAGAAGGAUAGGGGAGAGGGAAAAAGGGAUGCUACAGCAGCAAUGGCUAAGGAUAGGGAUCAAGACAAGAAAUCUGGAACGAGUGGAUGGACAAAAUUGAAACCUCGAGGGUAA